AUGGCGGCCCUGCUGCUGGCCCUGCUGCUGCUCCUGGCCGGGGCCCCCGCCGUGCAGCCCGCGCCCCCGACCUGCUACUCCAGGGUGCUGACGCUGGGCCGGGAGAUCAGCGGCGACUCCGAGAGCCUGCAGGCCGCCGCCCCCGGGGAGCCGUGCGUGAGGUACCUGCCGAGGCUCUACCUGGAUAUCCACAAUUACUGCGUGCUGGCCAAGCUGCGGGACUUCGUGGCAUCACCCCAGUGCUGGAGAGUGGCCCCGGUGGACGCCUUGAAGGACAAAGUGCGGAAGCUGUACACCAUCAUGACGUCCUUCUGCAGGAGGGACCUGGUGUUCGUCUCGGAUGACUGCGAUGCCUUGGAAUACCCGAGCCCUGGGACCACCAUCCUGCCAGGUCACCAGAGCUAAGCGGUGCCCGGGCCAGCCCUAAGGGACAGAGGUUGUGGCCGCGGCGCAACCCCUGUGGGUUCCAGGCCUGGCUCCAGGUGUCGGUUCCGCAGUGUCUGGACCCGUCACAUGUCCACCUUCUAGAAAGCAGAGCACAAGCUCCCGCCUGGAACCCACGUUAGGAACGUGGGAGACAGUUAGAAACCUCACUUUGUCGUCCCUCCAGUGGGCUUUAUCUUGCCGAGAUGCAGAUACCAGCUCGACUAUUUACUCACCGGGAAGAAAUCAGCAAGCCUGCUUCCCUCUUUUUUGCCACUAGCUAGAGAACCAGCCAAACGGUGGUUUAGUAGCGCCGCUUUAGUGCUUUUUCUUUCUUAAUAGGAACCCGCCUGCACUUCGCGGAGCUUCUAUUACUCACCCCUCCCACCACACACUUCCUUAGUUACCUUUAUUUUUAAAGAACUUUCACCUAUAAUGCGUUUGUAAGCUUCACCGCUUCAGAGAGCCAACAGGAAUCGCUCUUUCACGGAAAGGUGAUAAAAAUCGAAUAAAGACCAUCUGCA